AUGAUUCUGAGGAGGGAUCUUCUGCUUUACAAGGAGAUCAGUCGCUGCACCAAUCCGCUCUCUGAGGGACAACGCGACGACGCUCGGAUGAACCUCACCAUCGCCCUCACUGCUGCCAGGUAUGGGGCUGCCAUGGCGGAUUACACUGAAGCGCUGCACCUACUGGAGAGGGUAGGUCCUCAGACGGGCAGAGGGGCUGCGGAGCGCUCCGGGGAUCCGAUCACAGGGCAGGAAUUUGAUGUCAGAGCCAAAUGUGUUAUCAAUGCCACGGGACCUUUUACAGACGCACUGCAGAAAAUGGAUGAUCAGAAGAACCCCGACCUCUGUCAAGCCCCUGCUGGGGAGCACAUCGUCAUCCAGGGCUAUUACAGGACAAUGUGUGCGCUACUGUAUGGCUGGAGCUUUACGGGAGCAGUAGCGGAGCUGGAAUUGAAAGCAGCUGAAUUAAUCUCCUGGAAGGAGCCAGACCAAAGUGCCGCCUUCAGUCUGGGCAACAUGGGCCUCCAGGACCUGGCCUCCAGGACCUGGCCUCCAGCAACCCGGCGUGUCAUCUUCGCACCCUGGGAGAUGACCAUCGCCGUUGAGGAGGACAUCAAGUUCAUCCUCACAAAUGUCUGCAGGUAUCUUAGACCGGGCAUGGAAGUGAGAACAGGGGAUGUCUUGGCUGCCUGGAGUGGCGUUUGUCCGCUGGUCCCCAACUCCAAGGACACUGAGUCGAUUUGCAGGAAUCAGAUUGUCCAUAUCAGUGACAAUGGAAUGGUCACCAGCGCUGGUUGGAAAAGGACUGCAUAUGGCUCCAUGAUGGAGGAGACCCAAAACGAUGCAAUCAAGGCCCAUAGCCUUUCCACUGAUGUAAGAGGAACUAAAGAGUGGACUCCCACCAUGUACAUCUAUCUGGUGCAGGACUAUGGCAUGGAGGUGGAGGUGGCCCAACAUCUGGCCUGUACCUUUGGAGGGAGGGCCUUUGAUAUGGCCACAGCCCACAUCAGUGAGAAAGCAUGGUCAAUCGUCUGCUACUGCCUCAUAUCUGAUUUUCCAUACAUUGAGAAUGCACCGAUCUCUUACAUUAGCUCUUUUUCUACAUUAACUCCGGUAACGUUUACUAAAGUCCCAGGUUUUCCAAGAAAAUUGAAUGGUUCCCAGACUUUCUGGUCAUUGCUUAUGAAUUACAAAAUAUCUUUCAACCUGGAAAACCUGGAAUUUUUUUAAACCUCAGAGACAACAGCACAACAUUCUCUAACACAUUCCAAUAAUAUACAGUACAAUAGAUACAAUAUGUAUGAAAAGUCCCACCAAAUCAUGCAGUGACUGAUAUUCCCACUCAGAUAUUCCCGCACAUGCAUUUGAUUGACCUCACAUUAACCCAGAAAUGUUUGAUCUUUAACAGCCAGAAAUUGGCUUUGGUCAUUACCAUAGGUUAAUGACUGGGGUUUUCUCUGUACUGUUGCUACAUUCACACUGUAUUCAUUUGCGGCUGACAAAAGCCAUUCACUGCUUGGGUAUCCACUAAAUAGGUAUUGUUUUGAUAUUUCUGUUCUACUCUUGGUUUUGUUUGUACUGGGCUAUUAAUAGACAAGAACCUACCUAGAGCUCUGCUCUUUGAUUAAGUCAAAUGGGACCUCACCCUUCCUCUAAUUCUCCUUCUACAGGACAGCUUUUGACCUUAAGUUGUGGAGUGAUUGUUGUCUGCAUUCCUCAGACCACAUAGUAUUAAUUCACGAACUGAUCCCUGUUUUAGUGCAGUGCCAGUGUGUGUCAGUGCUACUAGAGCUGCUGUGAUGAAGGCCGUUCACAUUGCUGCUAUGUGCCGUCCAUGUAGGAGCAGCAGAACAGGACCUGGACUAUGAUAUGGGCUACAAGGCUGACCACGAGCACCUGACCAACACCUCUCACAUCACCCCCACUGCAACUCAUGUGGACCGUUAAGACAGGAGGGUGCACGGAUCAUGGACACUGACAGACAGACAGGAAGAAAGGCAGACACACACACAGACAGGCAGACAGACAGGAAGAA